CCAAAUUUGUUAAAAUCCAAAAUCUUUAACAGAAACACAAACAAAUAAUCGAGCAAUGGCUUCAAUUGAUGCUGAGUUGGAAACCUUGAGAAAUCUCGUCCAGAACAAGAAGCUAGAAAAUCAAGGAGCCAGUAGUAGCAGAAACCCACGUAUAGGAAAAGUUCCAUUAAUGCUUCAAGGCCACAAGGACUACGAGAGAUACUUCAAUCCAAGAGGAGUUGCAAUCGGCCCUAUAUUACAUGGUAGAAACAAUAAGUACGCUCCAGCAGAGAAGUUGAAGCAAAGACUAGCAGCCGAGUUCAUCAGAGAUAGUGGCAAGAAAAUGGACGACCUUUAUGAAAAAAUUAAGGUGAAUGUUGAGAGCUUAAAGAAUUGCUAUGACAAAGAAAUCAUAAAAGAGUAUAAUAACGAUGAUGAUGAUAAGAAGAUAGCUUGGAUACUCUUUGUAGACGGAUGUGCUGUGCUUCAAUUUAUAAAUUCUUUGGUUGAAGGAAACUUAAAGAAACUGCGAAUCAAGAAUGAUCUUGCUGCUUUCGCGACCCAAGAUUUGUUAUUGCUUGAGAAUCAAAUUCCUUUUGAUGUUCUUGAAUUGUUGAUGAGUGAAACAAAAAAUGGUAACAAGUUUUGGUUAUCCAUACUUAGGUUCAUUCAUAAAAACAUGGGGUUGGUAUCUAGCAACACAGAUUCGGUAUCUGAUGAGACACUGGCACGGGAGGCUAAGGAGAUACCAAAACCUAUUCACCUUCUUGACCUUUUACGUACAAGAUUGCUAUGCUUGCACAGAACUAAUGAUCGAAGGAUAGAUAUGCCAAACAGCACUAAAAAUAUUUCAUGCCCAGGACGUUUUUUUGGCUUGACAGGUACAGGAAAUGUUAAGAAGGAUCAAGACAAAGAAUGGAAUACUUUUCGAAACAUCAGUGAACUUAAAUCCGCAGGUAUUCGUGUGAAACGCAGUACGAUUAGCUGCUUCAGGACAGGAAUUGAUUUCACCAGUGGAUUCUUGAGAGGAACAUUAAGGUUACCACCUAUCAGAGUAGAUGAUUCAACUGGGCCAAUAUUGAUGAACUUGGUAGCCUAUGAAAUGUGUCCAGAUUAUGCUAACGAAUUUGAGAUCACUUCCUAUGUUUGCCUUCUCGACUCGCUCAUUGAUCAUCCUGAAGAUGUGAAAGAACUUAGGAAAGCCAAUAUACUUCAUAAUAUGCUUGGUAGCGAUGAACAAGUGGCUAAACUCUUCAAUGAGAUAAGUAUUGACUUGGUGCCAAAUGAUGAAGCAUAUUUCAGAGUAAAAAACGACAUGCAGUUUCAUUACGACAAAAAAUGGAAGACAUGGAUUGCUGAAGGUUUACAUGAUCAUUUUGGUAGUCCUUGGACUUUUCUUGCCUUCGGAGGCGCCUUAUUAGGACUCGUUUUUAGUGCCAUCCAGGCUUGGUAUUCACCCAAAAAAUAGAUGCUAUUGUAUGUAGAAGACCUGUGUUUGGUUAAUAAAAUUGUAUUCUAUGCAGUUUAUAGAGAAUAUGACAUUGUAAUGUUUAUAUGGCCUCAUUUCUGAUUUACAAAUGGUUUAAUAAAUAAUUUUAUCUUGAAUC